CUUCAUGGGGAGAAGGGAAAGGGUAUGAUCUCUCUGCUUUUCUCUCUUCGGGGCAAAACUUGGCUGACAGCCCUACCCAGCACCGCUUUCUGAGCCCUUCCAUCCUCUCUCCCUUUUGGGCGGUCUUGUCUAGAAGCAGAAAACCUGGUCCUCCAACUUGCUCACGGGACGGGCCUUUUGAUAUCCGAGACUUUCAGUGGCCUUCUUCAGGGCACUCACCAUCGGCGGCGGGCCACAGAUCAGAAUCUUCAUGUCGGGACUUGGGGGCGGGAGUUUCUCCUUGAUCAUAUCGGCAGUGACGAAGCCAACACCACCGUUCCAGUUCUCAGGAGGAUUGUUCAAGACAUAGUAGACGUUGAAAUCGGGGUCCUGGGCAGCGAGGGCAUCGAUCUCGUCCUUCAACAAGAUAUCGUCGGGGUUGACAUUGGCAAAGAUCAAGUCAACUUUGGUGGUGUCGUUGCCGCCGUUCUUGGGACGGCCGCGGUUGAUGGCGCGGAUGAUCUGCAGCAUGGGUGUGAUGCCUGUGCCGCCGGCGAUCAUGCCGAUUCGCUUGCACAGGUUCGGAGUAUACACCAUUGCGCCCUUGGGCCCGCGGACUUUCAUGGUGUCGCCGACCUUGAGUGUCGUCAUGUGGGCGCUGAUGUUGCCCUGCGGGUACGAUUUGAUCAGAAGCUCAAAGAAGCCCUGGUCCUCAUCGGACGAGAUGGGCGUGUACGACCGCACGACUUCUUUGUCGGCACCUUUGGGCGUGGCGGCCAAGGAAAUGUGCUGGCCGAUCGGGAGGCCGAGAAUGUCCGUCGGGCUGGGCAGGCCGAACCGGUAGAUGGCCACAUUGUGCGACGUUUUCUUGAUGUCGGUCAAGGGGAACUCUUGGAAUUCAUCGGGCUUGAGGACUUUUCUCUUCGAUUCUACAUGACAACAACAGUCAGUGUCCUGUGUUCUUUCUGCUUGCGCGAGCUGCCACGAAGAAAGGAAUGUGGGCUUCCUGAGUGACUCACUUCCGGAAGAGAAAGUAAAGACCUUGAUGCUUCCCACAAUCGCAGCAAACGCCGCGGCGUACGGUAGCCAUUCUUGCUUGACGAUGUAAACGCCGACAAGCAGGAGGAUCGAGGGGAUGUACACCCCGUUGAUGGUGUCUUUGGAAAACGCCGCGCUGCUGGAGUCAUCUGUAUUAGCAUGGUUAGGGAAGUCAGAGUGUUGGAAGGAGUUGCUGCCGUGCGUUCUCAGGUUAUCUGCAAACAGGACCUUGGAGUGGCUCAUCCGAAAAGACUUCCGCAAAAACUUACCCCAUGUUGACCGUCUCGAUUUCAAUCGAUGGACGCACUACAACCACUUGUGUUCUCUCUGCUGCCAGUGUCUUGUGAGAUCCUCGCUCGUACCUCAACGCCCGCAUGAACCGACUCCCUCAAAGACCGUGAAACAGAGUACGACCGGUGACUUUGUGGCGUGCGAGGAAGGAGGAAGAGAGUGGGUGGACUGAUGCUGCAAUAUUAUUUUGUCGGGAUGCAGUGAGGAAGAGCGGGACGGACGCAGGUCGCGGGCGGAAAGCGAGUUCGGUAAAGGGCGAAAACAGGCGUCGGUCGGUGUGUUCUGUCACGCUUUGUUUGACUGUCUGUGGGGCUUUCGCUCGGGAUAAUAGUACUAGGAGUGGUAAUUGUGUCGAUGUACGCCGAGUUGCCUGCUACUGCUCGACUCAGGAUGGUUUCAAUCACUCUAGGUAUACUUGAUGCAGUUCUUCGAUGUCUAUUCCUCUCAAUCAAUGUCUUCACUCGAUCGUGGUCAGAGGUGACUGGCCGCCAGGUCUUGUGCUCAGGCGCACUGCGAGCAGGCACUGCAGCUGCGAGUGCUUCUACCUGAAGUUCUACCAAAUCCUCGUACUCCACAAUACCAGGUAUUCGCUUUGUGACUGCGGGGUCUUUCCGAGCGAACGGAAGAGAGCGACUCUCAACUUGAAAGCGCCGACAACCCACAGGUGGGAGCGAAGAGACGCCCGUACAGUUGCAUCGUACGCUCCCUGGGCUGCCAACCCACACCACCACCUUGUGUCUGUGGGCUUCGCCCGGAUGGCGACCCUCUGUCAGUUGAACUGAUCCGGCGUAGAUUUCUCCUUUGGUCCUAACGUUUGAACUGGCUUCUUGUGGAAGUGCGACGGAUCGGAUCCCUCCCCAACGACCGCUCUCGAUCCUCUCUGAUUCCCCAAAUUUCACUACAAUAUUUCUGGGGUCACCACGGAAAGAGUCCGCCAAAGUCAAAUCACGAUGCCUCUGCGGCCAGAUUCCUUCGAAACCCCAGAUCCAUCUCCACCCCCGUUCCCUUUGACGGACGUUGAUCGGGCUGUCCUGGCCAUGUCCGAUGACGAAUUCCAACCACAUACAUGGGAAGAACUCAAACAAAUCAUUGCUGAGCACGAUCUCAGCGUCCUCAAGAGACGGCCUUCCGACUUGAGACGCUAUCAAGCCUGGUCGGCGGACAUCAAGGCAAGAUAUGGCAGCGUUCCCAAUUUUGUGAUGGCCGAAAGGCUCCAAUGGUCUCCUUUACCAUCGUCGGCCCCUGAUGCAAAGCCCGAGUUUGCCGUAAAGAAUCCUGUCCCGUUUGCGGAUCCGGACGACUACAAGAUUCUACUCAAUGACUGGCCUUAUGGACUUGCCCCUGGGAUCGGCCAUCUCAUUGUGUGGCUGAAAACCAGGUUGGAGUCGGAGCCAACUAGAGGCGACAUGACGCCCGAGUCUCGCCAGCAAGUUGAAGAGUUCAUCCAGAAGACCUUCGUUGACCGAAUCAAAGACUUGCCCGGCGAGCCCGAAAAGAUCAUGUGGUUCAGAAAUUGGACAGCACUCCAAUCGGUACCUGGCCUGGAGCAUGUCCAUGUUCUUGUCAGGGACGUCCCCGAAGACAUUGUGCGAGAGUGGACUGACGGGGUUCCGCCUCUCCAUGAAGAGGUUGCUCAAUUCCAGCACCAACGGUAGAGGACGACCCAUCGAUCAUCAGAGGCUCCUAUGUACGCAAUCCGUGCGGUCAUUAUCAUUUACACCAGUCAUCAAUCCCCCGCCUUGUUUCGUAUCUCGUGCCAUAUAGAGUCUAGAACUUGAAAGACGGCCGUAACCCCUUUCAGGGUGUGUUCGUCAAUCUCCAUGAAGCCGUACCGCUGUUGAAUCUUGUCAGGAUGCCACCUCACGCGCUCAGACUUGAUAGCAGCAGCGAACGGAUCGACAGUCUGCUCACCAUCCCCAGCAGCCGCUGCUGUACCCUUCCUGAUAAACCGCUCAAUCUCUUCCCGGACCAAAUCUUUGCGCUCGCCAGAUUCAACGGGCCAAGCUAUCUUGUUCCGCAGAUAGAGCUGUUCCGCAGCCUCUUCGCACUUCUGCCGCGUCUCGGCGAGCUGUUGCAGUUCCUCCCCCCGAUGCAAAUAUUCCUGCCACAGGUUUUGCCACCGCUUGCGGUCUUUCCUCCUCUCACCCCGUCGAAGGCUGGCUUCAAUCUGAGUAUCGAAGAUAUAGUCGUCGUGGUCUGCCAUUCCAUCUGCGGCUCGCCUCCGCUCCUCGUCACGGAUUCGCUGCUUCUCUUUCUCUCGCUCCCUCCGUUUCUCUUCUCUGGCGGCCUCGAUACCUUCCCAGCUUCUUUCCCACAUUUUGCGCCGGACGAACUGCGCAUACUCUUCAUCGGUCAUACGUUCCAGUUCACCGGUCUCCGCGUCCUCGUAGGUAUUUGGGUAGUUGUGUAUCGGCUGGCCGUAGACGCCCUCCCAGAAGGUUGCGCCCUCAUCGUCACCGAGGGCGUCAAACAGAGAUUCCCGAAACGCUCGAUCUGGGUCUAGGUAGCCUGACGAGAAACGAGGAUCUCUAUUAGAUUCGCGCGAGGACCGGCGGCGCUUUCGGUGCCGGUGUUGGUGGUCCUCGUCUCGAUGCCGUUUGCG